UUAUGGCUUAGCAAUCAGAAGAAAUUGUGAUUCGGUGAAAAAAAUGAAUGAUGCGAUUUGGGCGACCUUUCUUCAUUACAAGUCCACGAACGACGAUCCACAGCAUCAUAAAUGUCCUGCCGGCGCUGAGUCUUGGUGCGAAUAUCAAAAAGCUUUGGCCACCACUGGAAUAGAAGAUUUUCACCACAGCUAUGAACCUUUUCCGGAUGAGGUGAUAACAGCAAUCGAGCCAAUUUAUGAAGAUUUGAGCAAAGACGAGCUUCUACAACGUUGUCUUGGUGGAUUUACCCAGAACAACAAUGAAAGCCUUAAUCAACUUAUUUGGAGAAUUAGUCCAAAAGUUUUAGCCAGCAGCACUACGAUAAUAGAAAUUGCAGCAAAUGCAGCUGCUUGCACCUUCAAUGAAGGUUAUAUUGCAUUGCUAGCAUUUCUUGAAGAGAUGAAAAUCAACGUCGGCCCAAGUGUUCAUGAAUAUGUAAAAACAUUCGACGAAUCUCGAAUUUUGAAAGCUGAAGAAAAGGCUGCGCUUCAGACAAAAGAAGCUAGAAUUCUGAGAAGAAUGGAGCAAAAAGAUGCUUUAGAUCUCGCAGAUGCAGCAGGAACAUUGCUUUAUGGUGCUGGCAUCGACGACUCUAUAUGAUUCUACGAUUUUUAAUCCGGGGCACCGUAAAAGGAUGAACUCUUGACAUGGCCUGACUGAAGCAGCAGCAACUCCGUUA